AUGGCCACAAUCGCAAUAUCCUGGGGAACCGUCAAAUCACUCCUCAUAUUUUUCGGCCCAGUCCUACUCCCACGCUUAAUUACCGCCUAUCGAGGUCUCCGUGUGUCCAUCGCGAGUCGGCCACAGCCGCGUCCACUGCCUGCCGCGCCCGGUCGAGCGCUGAACAUCUUAUUCGGUGGCAUCGUUUUCUUUCUACUCCUAAGCCUACCUUUCAACCCCCACGCGCCCGAACCCAACGUCUUCUCUCAGACUCGCUCUCGUCUAAACACCCCUACCGAUGUCAUAUUCAACCGUCUCGCCCGGCUUCGGCCAGGUAACCUCCUCACCGAAGCCGACACCCUCCUCCAGUCCAAGUUCACCUCUCUGGGUGCCCGCAAGGUAUACCUGACCUAUGGCCCCGAUGCCUUAGUCUCGUGCCAAUACUGCUCCUUCGACAACCUCUACACAUACCUCAUGUACUACCUCCCAUUCCACGUGUUGCUACCACACCUAGCGCACCUGCUGCUCCUAGGCGUGGCCACAUCCGCGCCCAUCGCAGGGCGUGAGGCCUCCCGCUGGCGCACAAAGUUCACCAUAGCCGGACUUGUCCUCGCAGCCAUCGACAUCUACAUCAUGGCCACCUACGAUGCGAUCCAGGGUGCGCCACGCUCUGUGCGUGCAGGCCAGACACCGCCCUCCAGCAUCUACAACAACAUCACGCUCUUGCGACCGCUGGCUUUCGUGAUAUGCGAUGUGACCUGCUCGCUUGUGAUCUGGCUCUCCGCGACUAACCGGUUCUUUUUCAAGCCGCCCUCGACAGUUGAGCAGGUCGAUCAGGCGGUGUCUGCGGCCGUGCGGACGCUCAUGGGCGCAAACUCGAGACUCCAUGCUGCGAGCGUUACGCGCAAUGCGGUGGUUCGGGAUUCGGCUUUGAAGAAUCGAGACGAUUUGUAUUGGCGGACUAUGGUGGCUUCCGAGAACCCCACUCAAGGCCCUGGAGAAGGUGGGGAGCAAAUCCUCAACAAUAUUUGGGAGGAGGAAGAAGUUGCUAGGGCUAUGUCGCGGGUGAUGGCUGGGCAGGGUGGAAUUGAUUUGGCUCAAUUGGGGGUCAAUGCCAAUGAUUUUGUGCGAAACGUUACAGAGGGUUUAGAAUGA